GGCGCACAUAUGCGGACGUCUUCCGUCGAGCGGGAAAGUUCAUACUGAGUUCGGCUUGUUUUGGUUCAGCUGGUGAAGAUGGCGAUGAGUGCGAGUCGAGUGGAGGUGGAGGCCAGCGUGGAAGAGGACGAGAGCUUCGGCCCACAGCCACUGAACCGCCUGGAGCAGUGUGGUAUCAGUGCGAGCGAUCUGAAGAAGCUGGAGGACGCAGGGUUCCACACCAUCGAGGCCGUAGCGUACGCUCCUAAGAAAGAGCUGCUGAACAUUAAGGGCAUCAGUGAGGCCAAAGCUGACAAAAUCCUGGGCGAGGCCGCUAAACUGGUCCCGAUGGGGUUCACCACAGCGACAGAGUUCCACCAGCGCAGAGCCGAGAUCAUCCAGAUCUCCACCGGCUCUAAAGAGCUCGACAAACUGCUGCAGGGCGGUAUCGAGACGGGCUCCAUUACGGAGAUGUUCGGCGAGUUCCGUACAGGAAAGACUCAGCUGUGUCACACGCUGGCGGUCACGUGUCAGCUUCCCAUCGAUCAGGGCGGAGGAGAAGGGAAGGCCAUGUACAUUGACACUGAGGGCACCUUCAGACCUGAGAGACUGCUCGCUGUGGCAGAGAGGUAUGGACUUGUUGGCAGUGAUGUUUUGGAUAACGUAGCUUACGCUCGAGCUUUCAACACAGAUCAUCAGACACAGCUGCUCUAUCAGGCUUCAGCUAUGAUGGCAGAGUCCAGGUAUGCUCUGUUGAUAGUGGACAGUGCCACUGCGCUCUACAGGACAGAUUAUUCGGGAAGAGGCGAGCUCUCAGCCCGUCAGUGUCAUUUGGGUCGUUUCCUCCGCAUGCUGCUGCGUCUAGCUGAUGAGUUUGGCGUUGCUGUUGUCAUCACCAAUCAGGUCGUAGCACAGGUGGACGGAGCAGCCAUGUUCUCUGCAGAUCCUAAAAAGCCAAUAGGAGGAAAUAUCAUAGCACACGCCUCCACUACCAGGCUGUAUUUGAGGAAGGGCCGCGGUGAAACACGGAUCUGUAAGAUUUACGACUCUCCCUGCUUACCUGAGGCGGAGGCCAUGUUCGCCAUCAACGUAGACGGAGUAGGAGACGCUAAAGACUGAGACCUCCAAACACGGUGUGUGUUCACGUAUGAGACGGACAAUAACUGGUGACGGAUGCACUCAUGCGCGCACACACACUGUUCAGAGUGGUGUGAGAGAGAGGUGGGAACAGUGCCACCUGCUGGUGCAGCGUGUUUCCCACAUGUGCUUCCGUUUACCUUUUUUUUUUUUUCUUUUCAGGUGAUUUAAAGGAUAAAAUACUACAUUUCAGUUCUUUUCUGUUUGUAUCUGUCUUUUCCUGAUUUCUGUGUUCUUGUUCUUUCUGUACAUUAAUAUUAAAUGUUUUAUUGUUUAUCAUGA